GCCGACGCGGCCGUGCACAAGGCCCUGCGGCUCGGCUUCAUCCGGAAGGUCUACGGGAUCCUCACCGUGCAGCUCGCGCUCACCGCGGCGGUCGCGUCGGCGCUGACGCUCGUCGACAGCGCGCGCGACUUCGUGCUGGGCACGCCGUCCCUGCUCUGGGUGGGCAUGUUCGCGAGCGUCGGCGUGCUCGUGGCGCUCAUGCUGUACAAGGACCGGCACCCGCUCAACGCGCAGCUGCUCCUGGCGUGG